GGCGGAUGCAUCUCAGUUUUCAUUGCAGCGACUACCGUUGCAACAUCAUCAUCAUCUUCUUCUUCUUUAUUAGUACGCUUACAUCUGAUUUCAUAGUAGCAGCCUCCGCCGCCGCGUACGACCACAUUUCAAUCAAUUGCGGAUCACCUGCUCCCACUUCAGCAGCACUCGGUGGCAGGCACUGGCUAGGCGACGACGAUGACCAUGACAAGUCCAAUUUCUGGGUCAAAGGUUCUUCCUUCACCCUCAUCAACGCCGACCUCCCGCUCGCCGUCGAUCCAGUUCCCUUCGCCAGCGCGCGCGUGUCCCGCUCUCAAUUCUCCUACUCCUUCCGCCUCCCCACUCCAGGUCACAAGCUUAUCCGCCUUCACUUCCACCCUUGCCUAAAUGGAAACUUUCACGGCGACGGCGACGGCGACUUUUUCACCGUUGAAGCCGGCCCCUUCACCCUCCUCUCCAACUUCAGUCCCUCCGUCACCGCUCGCGCCCUCGCUCUCUCUACUGUUUCCAAGGAGUUCUGUUUAAUCGCCACGCUUGAAAACGAGCCCUUCCACAUACUUUUCUCCCCGUCCUUGCAGCAAAACCAGAAGAGCACCUAUGCUUUUAUCAACGGCCUCGAGCUCAUCUCGUUACCUCCCGCUCUUUCCUACUGCCACGGUGGCGAUGUGCGAGUGCUUGGCCAGAAUUCAGUGGUCCACAUUGAUAAUACCACUGCGCUUGAGACCGUUCACCGCCUCAAUGUCAGAUGGGAUUCUGUUCCUUCCGGUGCGUUCGGAAAGUGGGCUACCGUUGUCAACGAAAAAGCCGACGACAAGUUCAAUAACAACAAUAAUAGUAUCACCUGGAAAGUAUCUGUGGAUGUAGGGUUCCGCUACUUGAUCAGGCUUCAUUUCUCAGAGUUGAGAACGAAAAUGGCUGCCAAGUCCAAUGAUUUCGUGCUUCUCAUCAAUCACGUGGUUGCGGCCACUGGCUCCGACAUGCUCCGAGAGGAUGAAGGCACCAUUUGGUAUAAGAAUUACAUGGUGAUGAUGCAGGGCCACAAAAGAGAGGGCAAGCGUGAUAUCUUGAUUUCCCUGAGUUCUAAAGAUGAGUUGGUGGAGGGAUACAAUAUUCCACUCGAAGGGUUUGAAAUAUUCAAGCUAAGCAACCAUGACAACAGUCUUGCCAGUCCUAAUCCUUUGAUUCCGACUAUAGAUUCGACUACCAAUGUUAUAAUCUCACUCCUGGGUCACAGAAAUGCACUUGCAACUCUUGUCAUCACUGUAAUUUGUAUGGUAAAUGUAAUUGUUCAUGUGCUGCAGAAGAUUUGGGGAUCCCAGUUAACGGAGGAGGAACUCAAUCCGCCAACCAAGACCAAGCGACUGUGCCGUCACUUUUCUCUAGCUGAUGUCCAAUCAGCCACCAUGAAUUUCAACGAUGUAUUUUCCAUUGGAAAAGGUGGAUUUGGUAAAGUCUACAAAGGCUUCAUAGAUAAUGGGCCUGAGGCCGUGGCCAUAAAACGAUUGAAGUCGGGCUCCAAGCAAGGAAAGCGAGAGUUUUGGACGGAGGUUGAAAUGCUUUCUGAGCUCCGGCAUGUUAAUCUGGUCUCCUUGAUCGGAUAUUGCAAUGAGCGGCAGGAAAUGAUUCUUGUUUACGAGUACAUGUCCCGUGGAACUCUGGCUGACCACCUUUACAAACUUUCUAGGAAAAACGUUGCCUGUCCUUCUCUCUCGUGGAAGCAACGGCUUAACAUCUGCAUAGGAGCAGCUCGAGGACUUGACUAUCUUCACACAGGCCAUGGGAUAAUACAUCGAGAUGUAAAGACGUCAAACAUCCUACUUGACAAAGAUUUUGUGGCCAAGGUUUCAGAUUUUGGCUUAGCUAGAACUGAAACUGGAAGCGAGUUGCAAAGUGUAAAUCUCAAAGGCACAUUUGGUUACUUUGACCCAGAUUAUAUUAAAACUCGUAAUCUGACAACAAAAAGUGACAUAUAUUCCUUUGGUGUGGUUUUGUUGGAAGUACUCUGUGGGAGACCAGCGGUGGAGCCAUCGGCUGAAGAGGAUGAGCGUAGUUUAACCAUGUGGGCUCGGGGUAAGAUAAGUAAUGGACAACUUGAACAGAUUGUAGAUCCAAGUAUACGAGGGGAUAUCUCAGAAGAUAGCCUGAAAGCAUUUUUAAGGGUUGCGGAGAGAUGCUUACAUGAUGAACCGAAGAAAAGGCCGGCAAUGGUUAACGUUGUAAUAAGACUUGAGUUUGCUCUUAAGCAGCAGGAGAAUGCAGAAUCUUCGGUACCCAAUGAAAUAACUAGUGUUGCUGAUUUCUUUCCAUCUAAUGGUAAAGCUGAGCAAACGAACUUCAAUUCUCCUGAUCAAAAUGAGAUAACAAAUGCGGUUGACGUGACGCCCCAGGACGAGAACGCAAAUUCUUUCGUGCAGAACAAGAUGACAAAUGGUGACGGUGACAGGGCAUUUGCUGCUAAAACUAACCAGGGGAUAAUAGUAUCUUCAUUACCUGAUGAGAUAACAAGUGUUACCAACACCUUGCCACGUAAGGAUAAAGUUAGCUUUUCGGUGGGCACAAAACAAGCAACAGUGGCUUCCUCUAAUGUGCAAAGUGUUACAUCUGCCCUCAACGAUUCUUACAGUGGAAUGAUCAGAGGUGAAAAGAGAGAUGGAAAAAAGCGCGUGAUGCAUAAGUUAUCACGUCUUUUGCCUUGGAAUGCAUUUUCAGGCACCAGUAAACCAAAGAAAAUGGGAAUGAUAUCUGUAUCAGCACCUUUAUCACAUAGGACCAUAAGCACGAGGUUAGGAAGCAGCACAGCUUAUGAGAAGAGAAUUCAUGAAGGCAAUGAGUCGAGUCCCAGUUUAAGGAUUUUCACCUUUUCAGAGUUGAAAUCUGCCACAAAGAAUUUCAGACAUGAUACAUUCCUUGGAGAGGGUGGGUUUGGGGUAGUCUACAAAGGCAAGAUCCAGGAGAAAUCAAAUGGUAAAAAUGAGAGGGAACACAUUGUAGCUGUUAAGAAAUUGAGUCUUGAAAGCUUUCAGGGGUUAGAAGAGUGGAAGGCUGAGGUGAAUUUCCUUGGAAAACUUUCUCAUCCGAAUCUAGUUAAGCUUCUUGGCUAUUGUUGCGAUGAUAGAGAAAAGUUACUUGUAUAUGAAUUCAUGCAAAAAGGCAGCUUAGAUGCCCUUCUUUUCACCAGGAAUCCUGCUAUUCUUCCUCUUCCAUGGGAUAUUCGGGUAAAUAUAUUAAUUGGAGCAGCUCGUGGUCUGGCAUUCUUGCAUCAUGCAAAAGUUAUCUGCAGAGACGUGAAGCCCUCAAACAUACUGCUUGAUGAGUCAUACAAUGCUAAGCUUUCAGACUUUGGCCUAGCAAAAGAUGGUCCAACUGCCGGUUACUCGCAUGUGUCGACAAGGGUAAUGGGGACAUGUGGUUAUGCAGCUCCCGAGUACAUCGCGACAGGGCAUUUAUAUGCAAAGAGUGACGUAUACAGUUUUGGUGUAAUCCUAGCAGAAAUGCUCACGGGAUUACGGGUGAUUGAUAGACAUCGUCCAUCUGGUCAACAACAUUUGGUCGAGUGGGUCAAGCCAAAAUUAAGGAUAAAAUUAAGGAGUGUGAUGGAUUCACGUUUGGAAGGACGGUAUCCUUUAAGGUCUGCGAGUCAAAUAGCUCAACUUGCUUUAAGUUGUCUUCAAUAUGAUCCAAAAGGCAGGCCAUCAAUGGAAGAAAUUGUCGAGGUACUGGAAAGAAUCGACUCUGCUGUUGGGAAAUCUACAAAAUUCUAAUCAUUAAGAAAAGAAUCGACCAGAUGAAAAAGCAUGAUAGCUUCACUCCAUCUAGUUUCAUUAAUUGAAUUUAUGCAUAAUUCGCUUCUUUUGGGAAUACGGUUCAGUCAUGUAUUCUAUCUCGUGUCUCACUCCAUUGGAUACAUAACGUGUGUUUAUGAUGACAUAAUAUUAAUACAAUUGUUAUGAAUCCUACGGAAUGAUAUACGAGAUGAAAUAUGAAAAUGGAACAGGAAAUUUGAUACCAUACAAAUGGCUGCUCAAAAGAAUUGUCGAUAUCUCUUCUAUGUUGAGAAGGACGAUAGAAAGUGAGAGAAGGUGAAAAACUGAAGACAGUGCAAAAAGAAGAAAGCACACACACAAAAAAUUGCUAUCUAUGAAGUUAAUUACUGGAAUAAGUUUUGAAUCAAUCUCUUUUUUGCUAGUCAAUUAAUAUAUUUGCUGCUCAAAACUCUUGCCCUUUGCAUCACACACCAAAUGCUGCCUAAACAUAGCAAUGAAAGCCUCAACUCUCUUGUUCAAUUCCUCUUUCGAGAGCUCAUCUUCAUCUUCUUCCUCUUCAUUUACCGUUUUGUCCUCCUCCGGCAACUCCACCUCCUUUUCAUCACAAUCGCCGCCAUCAACCGAACUCUCCUCAAGUUCCGGCGCUUCAUUUUCCUGCUUCGCAUUCUUUUCCUUCUCGAAAUCCAAAUUCCGGCCACUUUCUUGGUCGGCUCUAACGUUUUGAAACUUUGACGUGAAAAGAAUGGCUAAAAGCAAUAGGUUGAGAGCAAGAAAAGCCCAUAUACGCCAAUGCACGAAAACCGACACUAUAAUCGCUCGUUGGACACACGCCAUGCAAGCAGCCAUUCCAGCCGCGAAGCUAACCGCUUGUAUUUGAUCCUCUCUCUUUUCAUCUCUCGCCAUUUUUCUCUCCUAGUUUGAUACAACAAAAAAUGUAUAAAACACUGAAAGAGUGUGUUUAUAUGUGAAGCUCAAAGAGUCCUUUUUUUAUAUUUUGAGGAGAAAACAUGAGGAAUGAUUUUUUGGGCCAUCUUUUUUUAUGCCAUGGCUGGCAAGAGCUGUAAUGAUGUGAGGAAUGAAAGAGACAAUA